AUGGCCGCCAUCGCCGUCCUGCGGCCCUUCUCCGGAGCUGCCGCCCGGCCGCCCUUUCGCCCCUCCGCGCCCGCCAGGAUUGCCGCAGCCCUUGCCUCGCGCCGCUCCCUGUCCUCCUACCUCGUGACCCCCGCCGAGCUGAGCGAGGCCCUCAAGAGGAACCCUCCCUCCCCAAUCAGCACCGACCCGCGCAUCAUCCCCCUCUGCGCGGCCUGGUUCAUGCCAAACGACCCCGACCGCCGCACCGGCAUUCAGGCCUUCCGCCAGCAGCGCAUCCCAAAGGCGCGCUUCUUUGACCUCGACAAGGUCAUCGACAAGCACUCCGAGUACCCCCACAUGCUCCCCGCACCCAAGACCUUCGCCGCGGCGAUGAGCGAGCUGGGCAUCCGCCGCGAGGACACGGUUGUCGUCUACGACACCAAGGAGCUGGGCAUCUUCAGCGCCCCGAGGGUCGGCUGGACCCUCAAGGUCUUUGGACAUCCCAGGGUACACCUCCUCGACAACUUCCGCCUCUGGGUCGACGAGGGCCUCCCCACCGAGAGCGGUGAGCUCUAUAACGUCGAGUGUCACCCGUACCCCAUCCCCGAACUCGACUCGGACAAGGUUGCCAGCUACGAGGAUGUCAGGGAGGUGGCCCUGGACUACAACAAGGAGGGCGCAGAGGGCGUACAGAUCCUUGACGCCAGGAGCAGCGGCCGGUGGACCGGCAAGGACCCCGAGCCGAGACCUGGCCUCUCGUCCGGGCACAUACCCGGCUCGGUCAACAUCCCCUUCAACGAGGUCCUCGACCCAAACACCAAGGCCUUCCUGCCCAGGGAAGAGCUACGGCGCCUGUUCAGGGCCAAGGGGGUCGACCCGGCCAAGCCCAUCAUCUCCAGUUGCGGCACCGGUGUCACCGCCGUCAUCAUCGAGACGGCCCUGGAGCAGGCCGGCUUCGGGAGCCCCAAAACCCGCAAGGUCUACGACGGCAGCUGGACGGAAUGGGCUCAACGAGUCCGCGCAUCUGACUCAUUAAUACGUAAAGAAUAG